ACCAGAUUUGCAGUUGGGAACCUUCCACUUGACAUUCGCACUCGAGACGUUGAGGAUCUGUUCUACAAGUAUGGAAGGUUGCCAACGAUACCUCCUGCUUUCGCAUUUGUCUCCUUCGAGUAUCCCGAAGACGCUGAAGACGCUGUGAGAGGUCGAGCAGAUGGCGUCAUGUUUGAGGGCCAGAGGCUGCGCGUGGAAAUGUCGCGAAGCAGCCAAGAUGGGUACGUAGAAUGGGGAGGGAGUUGGGUUGGAAAGGAGGAAGACGGAGGCAGGGCUUCACAAGCAGGAAAUCGUGCUCCUCCUCGAGACCUCCGGCGAUCGGAUCAUCGCAUCAUCAUCUCCGGCCUCCCUCCGUCCGCCUCGUGGCAGGAUCUGAAGGAUUUCUUCCGGUCUGCUGGAGAAGUCAUCUUCAGUGACGUCGAUCGCCAGGGGGGCGGAAUCGUGGAGUUCGCCAACAAGUCCGACCAAGAGUACGCUAUCUCCAAGGUGAAACAUGCUGCUGCCUGGAGUCUUGCUGACGUCGACGCAUGCGCUCCUCUCCUGUUGUCUUUCCUGUUUGUUAUCUCUCAAGUUCGACGAUACCGAAUGGCGCAACCCGAGGUAAGCAGUAGUAGGAUGGAGGAGUAA